AUGUUCGAUGUCCAGCAGUUUAUCAAGGAUGCGUUUGAUGUUGAUGUCAGAUCUAGAAUCGCUGCAAAAUGUCGUUACAAUACAGAAGUCGCGCUGGACGAUGUUAUUGCUUCAAACACGACCAAAGUCAAUGGCAAUUCCGUGACCAAAUAUGGCUCGAUGCGGCCAAACUUCGCGAUCAACACUUUCGAGGACUCGAGUUUCAGGAAAGUCAUGGACAACAACACUGCAGUCUUCAUCGGGCAAGAAAUUUUUCUCCAAGUCGAGUGGGUUCCUGCUCAACGGAUAGGACAGCUACAUUUCGCCAUCGAUUCCUGCGGAGUAACUUUUCGCGGUCACGAAAUCUUGAUGCCUUUGGUCGUCGACAAUUGCUACUCAAAACUCUUCGACGCAAGAAUUUUGUCAAAUCAUCUUGAACGAAAGAAAGCUCGAUUCUCCUACCGCCUAUUUUCGAUCGUCAAUUCGAGGAGGAAUUCGGCGACGAUGCACUGCAAGUUGAGAUUGUGCAACAAAAAGGAUUUCGGCUGUCUUUCCAGCUCAAGAACUGAGGAUUGUCCGAAGACAGACGCGUUCGACUUCUCAAUCGAUGGAAAUUGA